GGCUUCCUUUGCCUGUCAGCCGGGGCUGUCUACACCAACAAGAACCACCGUGGGCCACUGAGCUCUGAGUCAACGCGGCAAGUCCCAGAGGAAAGAAGGACCGCGCUGUGCUUCUCUGAUGCCAAGGUGACUCAGGAUGGAGGACUUCAGGCGGACGUACCUGCGCCUGUGUAAGGAGGGGGGGGCGGAGCCUCAGGAGAGUGUCGUGGCUCAGCUCCAGGAGAACAGGGCCGGCCCGGCCUCCAGACUGGACCUGAGUGGACAGAAUCUGUCUGCUGAUACCUGCUCUGUGCUGGCCAGGGCCUUCCAAAAGGACACCGUCUUCACGGAGGUGUUGCUCAGUGACUGCAUGCUCAGCGAGGAAGGAGCCAAAGUGCUGCUGAGUGGACUGUUUGGCAACACCACCGUGAAAGUCCUGGAUCUGAAGGGGAACAACCUGCGGUCGACGGGGGCCGAGGUGUUGGGAAAGCUGUUGGCACGAAACAAGACUCUGCGGAGGCUGGUGCUGGAGUGGAACGCUCUGGGCGUGUGGGACGAAGCCUUCUCGCUCUUCUGUGAGGGUUUGUCCUCCAACGGCGCGCUGAUGCACCUGGACCUGCGCAACAAUCAGAUCAACCACCAUGGAGCGGCCGAGCUCGCUCUGGCACUCAAACGCAACACGGCGGUUCAGGCGCUGGACCUCAGGUGGAACAACAUCGGCCUGUUGGGCGGCCGGACUCUGCUGGAUGCUCUGCAGAAGAACAGCAGCAUCAUGCAGCUGGAGAUGGCCGGGAACAACAUCCCCAGUGACACACUCAAAGCUCUUGGUAAGACCACGGGGCACAACUCCGACCGGCAGUCCACCCUGAGAGGCAGCCGCAGCAGGACCCUGGUCCUCAGCAAGGAGAUCCAGAACCUGAAGGAGGAGAAGGGCAGACAGUUCCUCAGCCUGAUGGAAACCAUCGACCGGCAAAGGGAGGAGAUGGGACGCUCCAACGGGUCCACCUCCAGUCAGAUAGGACAACUCCAGGAAGCUCUGAAUGAGAGGAAGUCCGCUGUCAACUCGCUCACCGCCAAACUACAGAUGAUGGAGGCGGCGCUCGCGCUCUCCGAGCAGAAGAGCCACGACGUGGGAGAGCUGCUGACGCGAGUGAAGGUGGAGAAAGAGGAACAGAGGGAGCGACAGAGCAGGGAGAGGAGAAAAGAGCAAGAGGACGGGGCGCUGAGAGAAGGUAAGCUCCUCCGAGAGAUCCAAAACCUGACGGGAACCAACGGCCAGCUCACGAACAAAGUGGAGGAGAUGGAGCGCAGGUGUAAGUCUCAGCAGCAGCAGAUCUUUGAGCUGAAGCAGGAGCUGACCAACAGCACGGCGGAGCUCAAGCUGCAACUAGCGCAGGCAGAAGACCGUCUGGAGAUGGAGAAGCGGAGGUCUAAGCAAGCUCUGCAAGACAUGGACAGUCUCCGCCAGAAGGAGGUGGAGCAUGUGAAUCGACAUCUAGAAGAGAGCGAGAGGGCUCUGCAGGAGCGCGUCUUCAAACUGGAGGGCCAGCGGAUACAACUGGAGGAGGAGCUGAGUAAAGCGAGAGCGGCGUGUGUGACGGAGCGGGCCCAGGCGGAGGAGGAGCUGGCGAGGGUGCGAGCUCAAGUGCGCCUGGAGGAGCAGGAGCAGGUGUCGUCCCUGGAGGAGAAGCUGCGCUCCGUGCGCUCCCUCCAGCAGGAGGUGCAGCUCCACUGCUCCCAGCAGAAGCAGAGCAUCUCUGAGCUGCAGGCCAAGAACAGCCAGCAGAGCGUGGAGGCCAACGGACUGCGGCGCCGGACGGAGGAGCUGCAGCAGGAGCUGUCGGGGAAGGACCAGGAGAAGGUGGCGGAGGUGAGCCGGAUGAGGGUGGAGCUGCAGGAGCAGAUUGGACAUCUACAGGCCGAGAGAACGGCACAGGGGGGGCUCAAGGAGAAGAUCAGUGCUCUGGAGAGAGAGAUGAAAGCGCUCAGCAGUAACCACAGAGAGCUGCUGCUCGACAAAGAGAGCGAGAUGUCGUCCAUGCUGGAGAAGCUGCGGCUGAAAGAGGCCGAGAUCCAGAGGAUGAGGGAGGACGAAGCCCACCGAGCCAGCUACCUGCAGAGCGCCAUCCUCACCUACGUGCAGGGCUCGCCUCUGGGACACUACGGCAGCCCCAAGAAAUAACAGCUGCCGCCGCAGAGGACCGUCUAUAGAAUACAAGGACAACAUCGUGAUUGGCUGGGAGUGAAAGGGCAAAUACCAAAAAAGCCAUUAAUUGUCCCCAGAGGAUGAAUAUUAACUGAGAUGUACUUUAAUGCCUUUUAAAAAAAUCUUUAGAUGCAUUUUGAACGUUAAUGCUCUUGCAGGGACGCACGCCCCUUGUACAUUACACUCUGACAUUCCACUGACUAAUGGACACGUCAGCCUCUAGGAGCAGCUAGCGGUCUAGGAGGCUUGUUUUUUACUUUGCCUUUUUUUGGCUGGUUUUGUUUUUUAAAGAAACGUCUGUUUAAAAAAAAAAAAAUCUUAUACUUGUCGGGAAUGUAAUAACAUGAUGGUCUCAAGAUUCUCCUCAACACAGUACUCUAAACAACGAGAACAAAAGGGAUAUAAACACAACCAGGGAACUUAGUUCUCACACUGUCAAAUGGCAAGAUGUAUGAUCUGAGACUAAAGUGCUGUUGAAGGGGCAUGUGCCCCCCCAUCUCUGUCUUCCCUCUGUACAUCAGCAUUGCCAAAGGCUUCCCCUCUCUGUCUUCAGCUCUUUCUGCUGGUUGAUUCACAAAAUGUUGUCUUCUGUUUUUAUGAAUAAUUAUAUGACGAAAGUCCUACAUAAACUCUGGACGCCGUCUUUUACAAUGCAAAUCACUGUGUUAUGAAUUGAUAUGGUCUCAGAUAUCUGAGGGAUGCUUUGUGUAUUUUAAAAAUAUUUUGUUGAGUUUUCUUUUUAAUAUAUCAGUGCUUAUGCUUAUUUCUAAAAUAAAUAUUGUGAUAUUU